AUGCCGUCCGCAUACAAAGGCAAAGGCAAAGGCCGCGAUGCGCGCCAGUCGCGUAGCCGCAAUACCACCCCGUCCAGCGCUAGUGCUCCCACUAUCCCAUCACUGCCCAUCCAAAACUACCUGGAUAACGAUGUUACCAAACACAUUGACUUGGCUAGUGUCCAGUAUUCCGAUGUGUUGGACCUGGUGUCCGCGCAGAACAUUCCAGAUUCGAAAACACUUGAGACAUUGGUGGAGCACCUGAAGGGUCUGAGUGGCAUGGCCGAUAUUCGGGGCGAGGUUUGCAAUGCUGGAAUGCGCGAGAUGUCUCAAAAACGCAAAGAAGUUGAAGAUCAGGAGCUUGAUCGUGAAAUUCGAGAUCGCUCCAAGUUGAAACGUGAAACCGAAGAGGGUGAUGAUAUUCAUAAGGGCGGGAAGCUGAAGAAGCGGAAAGAGCGCCCAAGUGGAAAGGAGGAGCGGCCCUUAAAUCAUGGUGCACAUGAGAUAGCGCGUCAGGAUGGAGCUGAGACUAAGGUUGAGGGAGCGGCUUCUCCAGCAUCGAAAAACUCCAAGAAUGCGAUAUCGGAUGAAAGCUCCUCGCUUUCACCUCCAUCGAUGAUGUCCCCCAACGGUACAACCACUGCUGGCGACGGCCCUCCCCCGGGACCCCCGGUCUUUGGCGAGAACCCGCUGAAGUUUGACGACCCGACCAUUUACAACAUUCGAGAUGUGCUCCCAGGCAUGACAGACGAUGAGAAGAAAGAGAUUUACAGCGUUGCCCACUUCCCUAAGACCGAUCUUGCCCACAUGGCAGCUGGUGUGGCUCCAGACAAGGACUUCAGCAACGCCAAACCUUCCAACCAAGUCAGCGCGAAUACCUUCCAGACUUACAUUGAACCUUACGUCCGGCCUCUUACCGAGGAGGACAUUGCCUGGUUGAAAGAAAGGGGUGAUCGUACUACCCCAUUCAUCAUGCCCCGUCGUGGAAAGAAAAACUAUCGUCAAAUUUGGGCGGAGGAGGAUGGAGUAUCCUACGACUCGAGUCAAGAUGACAAGGACCAGCUGCCUUUGAAUCAGGGCCGUGGCAGCAUUGAACAGCUGACUGACGAUAAAGCUGAAACCAAUGAAAUCUCGGUUGGACCUCUCCUCAGCCGACUCUGCUCUCUCCUCCGUUACGAGCACCGUACCUUCCCCGAAGAUUCCAACCCAACCGCAAAUGGGGAUACUGGUAGUGUGAGUGGACUGGGUGGAGACGCAAUGGACAUCGAUCAACCCACUGUUGAGAAGGAGAACAAGAGCGAAACCAAGCCUCUCCCUGCUGCAACCACCUUCCGCGACGCGGAUCCAAACGACUUCAAAACCUCGGUCGCAAAGCUAGAUCACGCCCAACUGGAUGAACGCGCCAAAGCCGAACUGCGAUUCAUUGGUUUCCUCGGUGCAGAUGAUAACCCAGACUACGACGCUCACUACGAUGAUGAAGUUGCUGAACGACUCCGCCUACUCCAAAGCGAGCUCAAGAAGCAAAUCGUCACUAACAACGCGCGCAAAGCUCGAAUUCUAAAGAUUGCCCAGGAGCACAUGGCCAUGCUUGAGUUUACUACCAUACAAGAUGACCUCGACUCUCAGGUCCAACAAGCCUAUCUUAAGCGCACCCGCACUAUGGGCAAGAGCAAGAAGGGGGCUCAGCCCAAGCACCGUCCUGGUGGCGCAGGCGGCGGCAGCCACGUCGCUGGUGCUGCAGGCGUUUCCCGUCCUGCUGUCGGGGACGCUGCAAAGAUCGUCAUGGACCGCCGUCGUCGCUGGAACGAGGCAUUCCUGCCUAUCUUUGACGACAUCAAGACUACCAUUCCCUCCGAGGGAGAAUCGAUCUUCGAGCCAGAAGUUAUGGCUGAGUACGAGAAAGCCGAGCUAGAGAACUGGGACGAGGAAUAG